UGCUCUGUGAUACAAAACCAGCAUCCCUGUGCAGUACUGCGCCAUCGCCAGUGACGUUAGGUUAGCCCGGUGGUUAGAAGCUAGUAGCCCGCUGCUCAGGGCAUUUAGUACCCCUGAAUCGCUUGUGCUAAAAAAAAAGAAGGACGAUCUAAAGUAACGUAUUUGACCGAUUUUACCGAAAGCAAGACAUUUUACUCGUAAAGGUCGCGUAUAAAUCGCGAGGGGCGAAGGUUCGAGACACCAGCCCAAACUGAACCCAGCCCACAGUGUCAAACAUCAGACAGACGACAGCCCUGCACACAGACGCUAUGGAUCGUUCACCCACCACCGCCAGCCUGAUGGCCGCCAGCAACGUCACCAACAAGACGGACCCGCGCUCCCUUAACUCCCGGGUCUUCAUCGGCAACCUCAACACCCUGCUGGUCACCAAGGGCGAUGUCGAGGCCAUCUUCUCCAAAUAUGGCAAGAUCGUGGGCUGCUCCAUCCACAAAGGCUACGCCUUCGUCCAGUUCGCCAACGAGCGGAACGCCCGAUCUGCCGUCGACGGCGAGGACGGGAGGAUGAUUGUCGGACAAGUGCUUGACAUCAACCUGGCCGGAGAACCCAAACCACACAGGUCAAAAACAGGCAAACGCUCGGCUGGAGACAUGUACAGUUCCUCGUUUGAACUCGACUACGACUUUCAGAGAGAUUAUUACGACCGAAUGUACUCGUACCCGUCCCGUGUGCCCGCUCCCCCUCCCCCCCCCUUGUCCCGGGCCGUGAUCCCGUCCAAGCGGCCGCGGGUCAGCCUGAGCGGAGGAAGCAGCCGGCGAACCAAGAGCAGCUUCACCUCUUCCUCCAAGAGGACUUCCUCCUCCAGAACCAUGAAAGUGGACGAGCUGCAGGCCGUCAAGCGGGAGUUGACCCAAAUCAAAAGCAAAGUGGACGACCUGCUGGAUAGCCUGGAGCGCAUGGAGAAGGACCACGGCAAGAAGUCAGAAGCUAAGAGUGUAAAAACGGAGCCGGGCGAGGUGACUUCACCUCCGCACCCAAGCAACAAGGAUGACGGGUCAAAGAGAGAGAGGGAGAGCCAGGUGAUCAACGACUCGGAGGACGACGACGACGAUGGCGAGGAUGAGGGAGACCUGCUGGAGGAGGAGGAAGAGAUGAAGAGUCAAGAGAGGGACGACGAUAUGGACGAUGAGGAGGAGGAAGGCGAGCACGUGGAAGGUGACGACGAUGGCGACAGCGUCAACGGCGAAGAGGUCUUGUAGGCACGGACCGCACCGGCCACGCAUGCAUCGUACACACAGCUUCCAGUAGGAACUCGGACUCCUGUUUUAACUCAUGUUGUAGAGACAUAAAAAGAAACACACACACACACACACACACACACACACACACACACACGCAAACAUGCAAACAUGCACACACGCACACACGCAGGCAGGCAGGCAUGGUGCACACACACUGUUGUCCCAUUGUCCCUAAAGCUGAUUUGUGUUUAUUUUGGCCUGUUGUCCAGUGUUGCUGUACCAGGGAUAACUAGCUGUAGGUUUGGGUUUGUGUUUUUACUGCGUCGUUACUCGUCUUCAUGGGACACGGAAACAUGGACUGUCGAUGAUCUCAGAGACGACAGCUCAGCGGACAUGUCUUAACGCGAGGACGAACACCCAGCUACGAAAGACCGUUUUUAGGUUCAUUGUGUUUGUAUUUCCUCUCAUCCGUGAGUUUGUUCGACCUCGUGUGUCUGUAUGUUAAUGUCCGUUUUUUAUACUAUUCAGUUUCAGUUUAACUGUAAAGGAAUAAAUUGCAAUAAAAUAUUAAAAUGGAAA